AUGAGUCGAGAUAUUUUUGUCCGCAUUGUGCACACGUUGGAGGGACGUGAUGAAUACUUUCAGUAUCGGGAAGACGGCAUCGGCAGACCCGGACUUACGCCAUUGCAGAAGUGCACGGUUGCGAUCCGGCAGUUGGCCUACGACACCACAACGGAUAUGUUCGACGAGUACCUUCACGUCGGGGAUACAACUGGUCGCGAAUAUCUCAAGAAUUUUUGUAAGAUAAUUGUGGAGGCUUUUGGCGACACAUAUUUGCAACGCCCGACUGCGGAUGAUUGCCAGAGCCCGAUGAGGAUGCACGAGACGGUGCACGGCUUCCCUGGGAUGCUAGGGAGCAUAGUCUGUAUGCAUUGGCAGUGGAAGAACUGCCCGGCGGCGUGGAGAUGCCAAUUUACUAGCGGCUACAAGGGCAACCACCCGACGAUGAUCCUGGAAGCCGUCGCUGACCACCGCCUCUGGAUCUGGUUCAAGGAAGUCAUCGUCGACGUCAUGUAUGCGUGCAUCAUCAUGCAUAACAUGAUAGUCGAACAAGAAGUUGGAUCUGUCACCGAUUGGGUGGAUGAUGAAGCCGGACCUAGCUCCAGCACGGCGACCCCGCCUGUCGCUCAAGGAUUACCGAUGGGCUUCGGUGAUGUUCUACAGCGACAGACCUCAAUGCGCAGCCAACAAGACCAUACUCAGCUCAUGACCGACAUGAUUGAAGAAGUUUGGAACCGCAACCGCCGUUGA